ACAAGGAGAUUCCCUGGACCUAACCAACCAACCACAUCACUUCACCGGAUAAAUCUCCACCGUCUUCCGCCGCAAUUUCUGUCUCCAUGGCCGGCGUUAACCUACAACUCCGUCAAGCAUACUCUAUAGCUCAAUUCGUUCCAACUGUUUCUUCUCCUCCUCCUCUUCAUACUCAGCGAGUUCGGCUCGGGACUUCACCCUCCCGUGUUCUUUUAUGCAAUCUCCGAGCUAAUUCCGCCGCCGCUCCAAUCCUACGAACUACUCGCCGUUCAGUUACUGUUUCGGCGUCUUCCGUAUCCUCAUCCGUCGAUUCGGAUUCGUUGGUGGAAGAACGCGAUGACAUGGGGAGGAUCCCGUUGCUUGAAGUUAGGGAUUUGAGAGCUGUGAUUGCUGAAUCGAGACAGGAGAUACUAAAAGGCGUCAAUUUGGUUAUCUACGAAGGAGAGGUUCACGCAGUGAUGGGGAAGAACGGUUCAGGGAAGAGCACAUUUUCCAAGGUUCUUGUUGGUCAUCCGGAUUAUGAAGUGACGGGAGGGAGUAUUGUGUUUAAAGGGCAGAAUCUACUUGAUAUGGAACCAGAAGAUAGAUCUCUUGCCGGUCUUUUUAUGAGUUUCCAAUCCCCAGUUGAGAUCCCUGGUGUUAGCAAUAUGGAUUUCUUGAAUAUGGCCUUUAAUGCUCGGAAAAGAAAGCUUGGUCAGCCAGAGCUUGAUCCAAUCCAGUUCUACAGCCACUUAGUAUCAAAACUUGAAGUUGUGAAUAUGAAGACCGAUUUUCUCAACAGAAAUGUCAAUGAAGGAUUUAGUGGUGGUGAAAGGAAACGCAAUGAGAUUCUACAGUUAGCGGUCCUUGGAGCCGAGUUGGCUAUACUGGACGAGAUUGAUUCAGGGUUAGAUGUUGAUGCUCUUCAAGAUGUGGCAAAGGCAGUGAACGGGCUUUUGACACCAAAAAACUCUGUUCUGAUGAUAACUCACUAUCAACGGCUACUUGACUACAUCAAACCAACUCUCAUACACAUCAUGGAGAAUGGAAGAAUCAUUAAAACCGGAGACAACUCCUUGGCCAAACUACUGGAAAAGGAAGGCUACAAAGCGAUAUCCGGUUAGUUAUCGCGGAUCAUACAUAUAACCUGUCUUCCUUCUUUGAGAGACCAUGGUUAUAUAUGGGUCAAAGACAAUGGAAGCUAAAGCUGAUGAUUGGAAAAUCAAAUUUGCCACUACAAUCUUUGACCCGUAGGUUUUUUUGGCAUCAUUGGUUUGCAUGACAAACUACUUUAUUGAGUUGUGAACAGUUCUUCCAUACCUUUUUGUAACUAACAACUAUAAAAUUCAGUUAAUAAAUUAUGUUAUUAACAAUGCUCUAA